CCACACUGCGCCGUGCCGACAGCGUCUCUGCCGUUCCUCUCCCUGCGCUUCUGGGAAGGGAGACUCCAGACGCGCAGCGCGGUGGCAGACGGGGCGCACGGAGCGUGUGUCCCUCUGAUUUUCAUCUCGCAAGGAACCGUAUACACUUUGAUUCCGGGAGACGCGGCAACUUGAACACCCGUCACCCCGUCCCUGUGCAACUUGUCAAGGCAAAGGCAUUUUGUUUCCAACGCGCAUCAAGAAAGACGUUGAAGAGGAGACACAGAGAGGCGAAUGUUAGAUGGCGUCGUAAAGACAACCUGAAGGACCUGAGAGCCAUCAUUUGCACAGCGUGGCAGCAAGGUCAUCUGGUUAAGGGAUGGUUCGUUCUUUCCGUGUCUAUGCAUCACCGACGAAGUCGUCAUAAUUGUGAAAAAAAAACACAGAAGGACCUUUGGAGAAUGAACUUUCCAAGCCAAUGGAUUGUUUUGAAGGGCAAAGCCAUCCAAGAUCAAACAUAAUCAAGGAGAGUAAAAUCGCUUGGCCUUUUCCCAGUUCAAGGCUUCUGCUUCAGGAGGUAAAACCAAUUUUGGCUUUUCAAGGAAGUGGACCAGAGAAGAGUUUUCUACUCAGAAAAGUUUAAUCGAGUCACUUUUGGACAACUUAGUACUGAACCAUCUGGAGGUGAUAUGGCAAAAAGCAAAACUGGAAGCAAAGCAAGCAGUAAAACUAUGAAGUCAAGAAUGGAUGGAAGCCAUCGCUCUUCUUAGGGAAGCUUGUCAAUGUCACUGUAAAACUGGUUCCAUUUAAUUUCUGCACAGAUCAUUGAGCCAAUCUAGUAAAAAAAAACAACAAAAAAAAAAAAACAUUAUUUUUGUUGCCUUUAAACUUUACUUUCAAAAAAUACUAAAUAUCAGGAACUUUCUCCUACAAAUACUCAGAAUGACUGUCUCUGUUGAAAUAAAUGUUCUCUCCGGUACAAAUCCAAUAUGGUGCAUGACCUGCCCUGUAUUCAACAGAUAACUUCAGACUGAUUUGUGUUUCCAUGGAUUAACGUUUAAGUUCUUUCACAAAGACCUUUUACAUUUGCACCCUGCUCGAGCUGUCACUUGAGACUACAUUUUUUUUUUUUUUUUCCUUUUUUAAAAUCAAAAUGGCUCUCUUUGGGAGAACUGGAGCUUGGGCACUAAUAGCAGGACUUGGUCUUCUUAGCUGCUAUACUUUUAUCUGGUGUGAGGCCUCAAGGACUAGUGGUACUACCGCUGGAGGGAGCAGACAGGAAGAAGGACCCUCGUCACUUGAACGGGUAAAGAGAGGAUGGGUUUGGAACCAGUUCUUUGUCGUGGAGGAGUACACGGGCACAGACCCACUCUACGUAGGAAAGAUUCAUACGGACUCAGAUGAAGGUGAAGGAAACAUCAAGUACACCAUCUCUGGAGAAGGGGCGGGUACCAUCUUCAUCAUCGAUGAGCUUACAGGAGACAUACAUGCCACGGAGAGACUGGACCGAGAGGAGAAGGCUUUUUACACACUUCGGGCUCAGGCCCGGGACCGGCUCUCCAACGACCCCCUGGAGCCGGAGUCGGAGUUUGUCAUCAAGGUCCAGGACAUCAAUGACAGCGAGCCCAAGUUCUUGGAAGGUCCCUAUAUCGGCAGCGUGGCGGAGCUGUCACCGAUAGGAACGUCUGUUAUGAACGUCACCGCAUCAGACGCCGACGACCCUACAUACGGCAGCAGCGCCAGAGUGGUGUACAGUGUGCUGGAAGGAGAAAAGUUCUUCACUGUCAACGGACACACAGGAAUCAUCAUGACUGCGGUGGCAGAUUUGGACCGCGAGACCCAGGAUCGUUACGAGCUGGUCGUCAAGGCAACAGACAUGGCAGGACAAAUGGGUGGUCUCUCCGGCUCCACCACGGUGACCAUUGUGAUCACAGACGUUAAUGACAACCCACCGCGCUUCCCGCAGAAGAUGUACCAGUUUUCGGUGUGUGAGGGGGCUGCGGUGGGGACGCCAGUUGGACGUGUCAUUGCCACAGACGCAGACAUGGGAGAGAAUACAGACAUGAGCUAUCUGAUCAAAGAGGGAGGGGAUCUCUUCAAGGUCACUACAGAUGUAGAGACGCAGGAUGCUGUUGUCUCCAUCAAGAAGCCAUUGGACUUCGAGAGCAAGCGGACGCACAAUGUCGUGGUGGAGGCAGUGAAUAAGCACGUCGACCCUCGCUUUGAGGACUUGGGUACGUUCCGAGACCAGACCAUUGUCCGGGUGAGCGUGACAGACAUCGACGAGCCACCCAUAUUUCAACCAGCAGAUGGCACAAUCAUGGAAGUCCAGGAGGAUGCCAAAGUGGGGACGGUGGUCGGCGUCGUCACUGCCAGGGACCCAGAUGUGAAGAAUAAACCAGUGAGGUUCUCCAUCGAUCGGACCACAGACCAGGAGAUGAUCUUCCAUAUUGAUCCCGAUUCAGGUGCCAUCACACUGGGGAAGAUUUUGGACAGAGAGACGGCAGGCUGGCACAAUAUUACCGUGACGGCUGUAGAAGCAGAUAACCACACAAUGGCAUCCCACUCCGCUGUGAGUAUUCGCAUUCUGGAUGUAAAUGACAAUCCUCCUGAACUGGCCACGCCGUACGAAGCCUCCAUAUGUGAAGACGCCAAGCCAGGCCAGUUAAUUCACACCAUCAGUGUCGUGGACAGAGAUGAGCCUCAGUCUGGACAUCGCUUCUACUUCACCCUGGCCCCUGAAGCCUCCAGCAAUCGACACUUCACCCUGUGGGAUGUCAAAGACAAUACAGCUGGCAUCCGUACCCAGCGGUCAGGCUUCAACCGGCAUGAGCAGAACGUGUACUUCCUGCCUAUUCUCGUAGUCGACAGCGGGCCUCCCUCCCUCAGCUCCACAGGCACCCUGACCAUCCAUGUGUGUGGCUGUGACACAGAGGGAGCCAUCCAGUCCUGCAACGCCACAGCAUAUGUAAUGAGUGCAGCUCUCAGCCCUGGGGCACUCAUAGCUCUACUGGUGUGCAUGCUCAUACUCAUUGUUCUAGUCUUGCUGAUCCUAACCCUGAAGCGCCACAGGAAGGGCCAGAGGAUGGCAGAGGACGAGGAGGACAUGCGGGAUAACGUCAUCAAGUACAAUGACGAGGGCGGAGGGGAGCAAGACACUCAGGCAUAUGACAUGAGCGCUCUGAGGAACCUCUAUGAUUUCCCGGAGGCCAAAAGCUGUGACUCUGGCCCGGACAUCCGCUCGCUGCCACAGUGGAUACAAGCUAACCGAGUGGGUGGCGGCGCGGAGGGAGCUGCAGCAGCGGCAGCAGACUUCUCCGUUUUCAAAGGCUACAUCCGAAAGAAGGUUGAACAGGCCGACGCCGACCUGUCGGUGCCGCCGUAUGACUCUUUCCAGACAUACGCCUUCGAGGGCACCAGUUCACCUGCACUUUCACUCAGCUCCAUCCACACGCUGUCAACCACCUCAGAGCAGGAUUUCUCCUACCUCAGCGACUGGGGGCCACGCUUCAGGCAACUGGCAGGAUACUACGCUCCAGGAAACCCCGAGGAGGAAGGGUCCUAGCACAGCUUCUCCUGUGCAUAGAUACAUUCAAACUCCUCCAUCUUCUUUUUUUUUUCCUCCCCCAAUCUCCUUCUCUAACCUUCUGACACUCCUCUGAAAUCAGAGCCAGCACUGUGUACUCAUUAAAGACAGAGUACCACCUCUCAAUCCCAGUCUCAGACAUUGAACUCCCUCGAGAGAAUCUUUCACGCCUCUAUGUUUUUUUUUGUUUUGUUUUUGUUUUUGAGUUUUCAUACUCUGAGUGAAUACUCUUGUGAUGACAUGAGAACAGGGAAAGAAAGAGAUAUCCAAAACUGCCAUUGAGACAUGUUUUAGGGAGAAAUAUGUUUCUCUCCCUCACGGGAACCGUAAUUAUAAGCUAUGAGACUGAUUCCAGUGACGUAGGUGGAGUUAAUUCAUGCCAAGUCAAAACGUCUGACAAACAUGUAUUUAUUUAAGGAGGAAAUAUUUAUGUAUUUAUUUCUUUUUAUGUAUUUAUUUAUUUAUUUAUACAUACCAUGAUCACUAUGGUAACUGUAACAGUGAAGUCAACUGAAAGGAAAUGCGAGAGAAGGAGGAGGAGGACAUGAUAAAAACAUGAAGGAACAAAAGGAACAAACACUGUAGCAGAGGACUCCACACAAGUGACACCUGGGUCACACAAAAAUUACAUUCUGGAAAAUAUUUGUAUUUAUUUUCUAUGAACAAUUUUGUAAAAUACUCAACAGAUAUAUGAAAAGUGAAAGCCAACAGUAAGUGGGAACAGACGGGAUGAAAAGAACUGCAGAAGAAAAACAGCGCUCAGUCUGAAUGACUGAGAUUGACAUACAUUUGUUGUAUUUUAGUGAUUUAUAAAAGAAGGGGGGUUUUGGAGGUCACAAACCGAGGACAAUUGUGUGCUAACGUUAUUUUUUUUUUUUAUCCUCUCCACAGCCAUUUAUAAGGCAAUAAGGCACAAACCGCAACAGUGAUUUAAGACUCAACAAAAUGACUUUAUCAUGGAAUUGGCUGGUGGCCAGCUUUGUUCCACAGGGAGCCAGUCGUCAUUCCAGAUUUCUGUGUGACUGUGUACAAUAUGUUCGGUUCAUUUUAUAUCUUGAAAUGUUUGAUUUUUGCUUUUGAUUUUUCUUAUGUUCUCUUGAUUACGGAGAGAGGGACAAAGAAGAAGAAGAACAACAGCAACACCAACAACAGGAUGGUAGUGUCUAAUUAAAAGAAAGAGGUUUGCAGGAUGACAUGUGGUGAAUGGACUGGUCGCACACACCUGACACCCACAACUUAUUCAGUGUUGACCUAAACUUGCAAAUGUAUGGAAAUCUGGAAAAAAAAAAGAAACAAAUAAAUAUUUAAUUUUUUUUGGUAAA